AGACUAGAGUGGGCGUACCGUCAUGGAGACCAGAACACUUACUCACUAAAGUUGUAUUUGACAAGAUCAUUAUGGCCACCUCUGUAGAUACAAUGACUGAAGAUCAACUUAGAGAGCACCUGUAUCGUGAUUUGCAAGGCAGAGGUAUACUGGAAACUAUGAAGUCCCAGUUGAGACAGAAACUUGCGAGGGAGCUGCACAAAGGAGCAAAACGAUCUCCAAAAUUCAUCCGAAAGAGGCCUGAAUUAAAGAAGCCCACACUGAGUGAUCAGAUAUCCUCUGGAAUGGUGGCCGAUUACUUGAAGAAGGCAGGGUUUGAAUACAGCCUCUCAGUCUUCUUACCUGAAGCUGGAGUCAAUAUCGAUAAGCUAUACUCCAUGGAAGACCUGGUCCAGUAUCUGAGGGUGCCGCCUUCCUCACUCCUCUACAAUAAACUGUUGCCUGCUCAACAAGACCAGAGUCUACUUGAACAGUUACUCGGGGCCCUGGUUGAUUGCAGUGGUACCCAGUCUGUCUCUCUGCAGCAAGGGCCUGGCUCCAACUCAGCAAACCCUGCUACCAAUCUUAAUAAUGCUCCUAGAGACUCCGUGAAAUUAUCUAUCGCUGAGCAGCUAUGUGCACUGGAUCAGUCCUAUGCUCAAAAGGCCGAAAAGCAGAAGGUUAAGACUCAGCAAAACCUUGAGGAGAGAUUAUUGACAUUUCAAAGAGACUUGGAAGCCCAACACAAGCUCCAACUAGAGACAGAGUUGUCUCUGUAUAAGAGUAGGGAGCUGGCCAAAGUGAGGAUGGAGGAAAGAGAGAAGUGUCAGAGGGAGCUAACUGAUGAGAGGCUGCAGAUAACACUAGCUCAUCAGAAGAAGAUCGAGGAGCUGAGAAAAAUGGAACAACAAAUGUUGGAGAGAUACCGGAAGAAAGAACAGGAUCUGGAGGCUGGUAUCCAUGCCCAGCGGCAGACCCUCCUGGCAGAGCUGAGCUCGCUCAAGCUGCGUGAAUCUGAUCUACUAGGACGUACUGAGUUGAAAAAGAGAGCAGCUAGUCUGGAGGAGGAGCGAUUGGUGAAACUGGAGCAACAACUGGCGGGGAGGGAGAAAGCCAUAGAGCGAACUACGUCUUACUAUGAGAGCAUGGCCGAGGAAAAGAUUCACAGAUUCAAGCUAGAGUCGGAAUCUCAGCUCCAACUCAAGCAGAAUGAACUUUCUCAAUGGGAGGCCAAGGUAAAGUGUAAUCGAGACAAGACUUCAUCCCUCCAGUCUGAGAUCACUAAACUAUCCGCCGAGCUACAGUCAGAGAGGAACAAAGCUGAUCGACUACAAUCCCUACUCCAUGAUGCCAUGGCUAGACAAAUCUCUCUACAGGGGCAGAAAGAUGCCCUUCAGCAAAAGGUGGACCAGGUGGGUGAUUAUGAACAGCUUGAGAAGAAGUCACAGAAGCUCACUCAAGAGUUGGAAAAUGCUGAGAAGAAGUUGCUAGACUACAAGCAUCGAAACUCUGACAACCAACGCCUUAUAAGAGAUCUACAGUCUAAAGUCCCCCGCCCCACUCGAGAGCUGGAGGCUGUGAGGACAGAACUAGACGAGAUACGAGCGGCUCAUCAUAGGGAAGUGUUUGUCAUGGAGAGUGGUCAUAGAGAACUUAAACGGCAGUUGGUUGCUCAGACAGAGUAUUCCAAUGAGCUACAGAAGAAGCUAGAUGAUCAGAUGAUGCAACUUCUCUUUGCCCAACGUGAGGUCAAGGACAUACACUCUCUCCUAAAGUUGGGUGGAGCAAAGACAGGCAUAAAAAGAAAUGGAACAUUGUCUCAAAGGAAUGUUUCCCUAAAGAAGAAAAUCCCUGCAGUUACCACCAGUGUGCACUACCCAUCACCCUCAGUUCGAAAUGAAGUCAUUUCAUCUUCUUUAAACCAUGAACCGCCUUCCCAACCGGCUGAUGUAUCGAGCCAACUAUUGGCUGAAAGUAGAGCUACUAUUGCUCGGUUAGAAAAAGAAGCCCAAGAAUUAGAAGUGACCUGUCACAGUGUACACCAGAACAGUUACAGAUCACCUCUUGUGAAGCCAACUAUGGCCUCUGCUAAUACACCCACCACAAUUCCCUUGAAUACAAACGACUGGAUGUUGUCACAAGUAGUUCUACCAACCAUGAAUUCAUCGACAGCACAGCCACAGCUACACUACACAAUUCACUCUCCUGCCCCGCCAGCAAGUGGACCAGCACUGACCUCGACUGUGUGGGCCCCCUAUCCAACAAUGACUGUACACACUCCAAUGCCUAAUAUAAAUCUACCCCAAAAUGUAACUACCGACUUCCCAACUACUAUAGCAACGUCCGUAACCAAACCUCAACCUGUGUUAAACUUUCAACCACCAAGUUCCUCCACAUCUUCCAUUUCACCAACCAAAGUCACUGCGAGUUCAAAUCCUACUCUUACAGAACCUGUUAAUGUUGACAAUUCUCCACAAUUCACUCCUAUUGAUCCUUGUACAAGUAUUAAUUCUCCACCUUCUACAUUACCUCAACUGGCUGCCAUGGCGUCAACACUCCCACCAGUCAUAACUAAACCACCCAGAGUUUCGCUCGAUGAACUUUGGAAGUCAUCUCAAGAGAAAAGUCAGACUACCCCAACCACCACAAUUUCAUCAAAAGAAGUAGAAUCUGUGAAACUGCAAGAAGAUACGAUGAGAUUGCAAAAUGAACAUACUACCCCAAUUACUUCCUUGGCAAUGCAAGACCCAAAACAAGCUGUACAAUAUUUGCCUGAAGAGACUAAACUCAAUGUGGACACUCCUCCCCCGCUACACACACAACCUGACAACACAGCAGUUCCGGACUCUCCCAAUGAAGACAGUGGCGUAGAUCCAGUCAUGCUCAAGUACAUGGAGCUUGUCAAACAGAACAGAGAAAAUGAAAAGAUCCAAGCUAACAUUGAGUCCCCAGCUGAUACAGAGAGUGGACAACUGGACUAUGGUAUUCCUUCUCUAACACAAGGCUCAGAAAGUUUUGGUGGCUUCUCGGACAAAGAAGAUAAUCCUUUUGAGGACUGGUAGUGUACAGACUUUCAUAGACAUAAUUAUUAAUUUAUUUUAUGUGUUUAAACCAAAUAUUUUCUGUAAUUUCACUGCUGGUGUUAUUAUAUAUUAUUAUUAUUAAUCAUCAUAACUUUCCCAAGUGGUU